CAAGACUUCAAAACUUGCGCGGAUAGUUCUUUCUGCAGACGUGCUAGAGGUUAUGCCGACAAUGUUUUGGCCAAUCCCUCAUUUGUAUCUCCGUAUCUUUUAGUUAAAGAAACAAUUGUCAUCAAGGAUGGCAUUCUUUCGGGGGAUAUUAUCAACAAAGAAAAUAAAAUCCUCUUUACCUUUGAAGUAAGUUUCCUGGAAAUUGGUACAGCACGAAUUCGAAUCAACGAGAAACAUCCGUUAAAGCCUCGAUACGAUAACGUUAAGAAUUUUGCUCUUGUCAAAGAACCGUCGACUACCUUAGAAUACACUGAGCAUCCUUCACAAGAUGGUCUCACAUCCAUAUCUUUCGGCAAGGACAGAAAACAAAAGAUCGUCGUUUAUCACUCGCCGUUUCGUGUCGAGUUUUUAGUUGACGAUGUGCCUACCAUUUUGUUAAAUGAUCGCGGAUUUUUCAAUUUUGAACACAUGAGAAAAAAGGAAAGUUCGCCUGCUCUAGUUGAUCAAAACGAUCAAGCGAGUAAAGUUGACGGCGAUACCGAGGAGAAAGAAGGAAAGGAAGAAGGCCUAUGGGAGGAAACCUUUAAUGGAAGGACGGAUACCAAGCCAAAUGGACCUGAAUCUAUCGGGCUCGACAUAUCUUUUCCGGGAUUUGCUCAUGUGUAUGGCAUUCCCGAACAUGCGUCCACAUUCUCGUUAAAGGAGACGAGAGGUGGAGACGGUGCAUAUAAAGAGCCUUAUCGAUUAUAUAAUCUAGAUGUGUUUGAGUAUGAUCUGGAUAAUCCCAUGGCGCUUUACGGAUCAAUUCCCUUUAUGAUGGCGCACCGACGAGGAGCAACUGCGGCCGUUCUCUGGUUAAACGCCGCUGAAACUUGGAUUGACAUAACUAAAAAUAAGGAAGAUAAACAUGGGUUAUCAAAAUUUUUGAACUUUGGAAAAUCCGCCCCGACUUCAACGCACACUCAUUGGUUUUCAGAGUCGGGUAUUGUCGACGUAUUUGUUUUUCUCGGUCCAAGUUCAUCGGAUAUCUUUCAUCAAUACGGGUUACUCACGGGGUUCACAGCGCUGCCCCAAUAUUUUGCGAUCAGCUAUCACCAGUGUCGUUGGAAUUAUCUAGACCAGAAUGAUGUAAUUGAGGUGGACGAAGGAUUUGACAAGCACGAAAUUCCAUAUGACGUCAUUUGGCUAGAUAUCGAGCACACUGAUGGGAAAAGAUAUAUGACUUGGGAUAACGUAAAGUUUCCGGAUCCCGUAGGAAUGCAAAAUAGCAUUGGGCAAAAGGGACGAAAGAUGGUUACCAUUGUUGACCCUCAUCUCAAGCGUGAUGACAAUUAUUAUGUAUACAAAGAAGCUAGCGAUUUGGAUCUCUUCACCAAGGAACCCGAUGGACGAGUAUACGAUGGAUGGUGUUGGCCUGGAAGUUCUUCGUGGCCGGACUUCACGAAUCCUUCAACUCGGGAAUGGUGGAGCAAGAAAAUUGCUUUCGAUCAAUACAAAGGGUCGACGGGCUUCUUAUUUGUCUGGAAUGAUAUGAACGAACCUUCUGUCUUUAACGGUCCCGAAAUAACGAUGCCAAAAGAUAUUAUCCAUCAUGGCGGUUGGGAACAUCGUGACCUUCACAAUAUUUACGGACUUUUAUUUCAUGCUUCAACGGCAGUUGGACUUUCCAACCGAAAAAUUCCAUCCAGUCGUCCGUUUGUCCUUUCCCGUGCAUUUUUCGCGGGCA